ACCGGCAUCGUUAUGAAUUGUUGGUUUCGCGUAGAACUGUUUCAAUCCCAUAUUUUCAGAUUAUUCCUAACAAGUGUGUCAUGAACCUGUGGUUACUAGUUUUUCCGUGAUGGAUUCGGUUCAGAUGAUAGCUCACAUCGAAAAGUCCUUGGACUACUCGAUCUUCGACGUUAAAUGGAUUCCUUGCUCUGCAAAGUUUGUAGUGAUCGGAUCGAAACCUAAAGGCACCGGCAUACUGCAAAUUUACGAACUGAACCGUGGUGAGCUGGAAAAGGUAACUGAGGUGGAGAAGGCUGAAUCCUUCAAAUGUUGUUCGUUUGGUGCCUCAUCAUUGCGGGAAAGCCAUCUGGCAAUAGGUGAUUUCGUUGGAAAGCUGGCAAUCUAUGAUCUGGAGCGUUUGCGUGAGCCGGUUUACGAGGUGGAUGCCCAUUCAGGAAUAAUAAACGCGUUGGAUGCCAUGGGGGGAAUAUCACCGAACUACGGAGCACCGGAGAUUGUUACAGGUGGUAGAGAUGGUUCUGUGAAAGUUUGGGAUCCCAGACAAAAAGAGGUGCCAGUGGCCCACAUUAGUGCCGUUGGCGAUGAUCCGGCAGCAAAGCGUGAUUGCUGGACGGUGGGCUUUGGAAACUCUUAUAAUCAAGUUGAACGCUCGGUUGUAGCCGGUUAUGAUAACGGUGACGUCAAACUGAUAGAUCUCCGGAUAAUGAAAGAACGUUGGACUACAAAUGUUAAGAACGGAGUUUGUGGCGUUGAAUUUGAUCGUAAGGAUAUAGACAUGAACAAACUAGCUGUGUGCACAUUAGAAGGUGGCUUGCACGUGUUCGAUAUGAGGACUCAACAUGCGGAGAAAGGAUUUGCCCAGUUAACGGAGAAAAACGCAGGCAAAUCUCUGGGGUCUAAUGGAGUUAUCAGUGGAUCAAAAUCCACUGUUUGGGCGGUGAAACAUCUACCUCAAAAUCGUGACAUAUUUGCGUCAUGUGGUGGAGCUGGAAACAUUCGUUUGUGGCUUUAUCACUAUCCUGACAAACGCGUGAAAACGAAUGCUAGCGGUGAGCAACAAGGCGUAAUUGGGUCGUUGGAAAUGUUGAAUGCAACCACAUUAUCUACGCAGCCUGUUCAUGCGUUUGAUUGGAGCCCUGACCGCCAAGGUUUAGCUGUGUGUGGAGCCUUUGACCAAACAGUACGAGUUUUAGUUACGACUAAUAUCAAUCUUCACUGAAUACAAUAUGUUAUGCUACUGAUUCGGUAUUCUCCUUUGUAAAAUGGUCAUUGUAUGUCUUUCAAACAUUUCCAUUAAGGUAUAUUUUUAGAAUUUGUAAUAUACAGAACGAGAGAAGGUCUAAAA